GCUGAUCAACACGCUCAGACUCAGCUAGCUAACAUACAGGCAGGCCAUCAGGAGGAGCCACGAGGAAGAAACAACCAGCGCAUAUAUCCCCCUCCCUCCCUCCCUCCCGCCGGCAGCUGACCUGAGCUGAGCCACCGUUCGCCCAACUCGCCUCUACAACACAGAGCACCCCCGGCGCCCGGAUCUCUUGUUCAUCUCCCUCUCCGCUCUUUGAAUCGCUCACCACCGCCAUGGCUAAGCAGCAGAAGAACGCGCACGUCCCGAAGUUCGGCAACUGGGACAACGACGGCAACGUCCCCUACACGCUCUACUUCGACAACGCACGCAAGGGCAAGGGCGGCAAGCCCAUCAACCCCAACGACCCCGUCGAGAACCCCGAGGCCUUCUCCUCCUCCGUCGUCGCGCCGUCGCCGAACCGCUCCUUCGACCAGGGCAGGCCGGCUCUCCCUCCUGCCUCCCCGCCUCCGGCUCACCACCACGAGCGCCGGCCCAGCGACGCGCCGGCGGCCGCCCCGCCGCUGUCCCCGUACCACCGCAACUCCGGUGGCGAGCCGCCAAGAAGAGGCCCCGGCGGCGGACGGGCAGGCGGAGGCGGGUACAGCGUGGAGCAGUCACCGGCACCGUCCCCGCUGCACCCGUACGGGCAGUCGAGGGCCGAGUACUCCGAUGGCAGCGGCUACGGCCUCGUGGCCAACUCCGUCGACCGGUCCCGUGCCAGGGGCGCCUCCCGCGGCAACGAAACACCGACGAGGGGGUCGGCGGUGCCCAAGUUCGGCGACUGGGACUCCAACCCGGCGUCGGCCGAUGGCUACACGCACAUCUUCAACAAGGUGAGGGAGGAGAAGAGCACCCAGGCCAAGGCACCGGGGCUUGGCAAGGACAACGUCGCAUAUGGCAAUGGCGCCAGGAAGCACGACGACGGCUACGUCUCCUCGAGUCGCUGGUGCUUUGGGUGGUGCAAGUAGGAGUGGUUCGACAGAUGAUGGGGAAAAGUAAGCAAGGACUUUGGGAGUGUAAAUUGUGUGAAUUUAAGAAGGUUUUUGCCAUUGAUUCAACUUCGAACUUCUGUAAUCCCACUUUUUGGGACAUUAUUUGGCAUUGGGCACUGAGCAGAGUUCAUAUUCUUUUGAUUGUGAAAUAUACUCCUACUAUUUCUUUCUGAUGUGGAAUGUAGAGUUCAGCCAUGGUUGUUGUAAUGCUAGAAUUCUGUUACGGGGAUUGUAGUGCAAUACUGGGCACUGAUUACGUUUAAUCCAAUUCGGGAUUGCAGAUAGUUUCUGUUUUUUCUUC